AUGUGGAUUACUCUAAGCUUGCUCUUCCUCUUUAAUUUGGUGCUGACUUUUGCAGCUCACCGCUUAGCUCCUAGCUGCAGUCUGGCACUCUAUGAAGCUAGAGUAGCAUAUGGGCGGAUCUGGGGAUUAUGGGGACUGGGGAAUGUGGGACUUGGGAAUUGGGGAAUAGGUGGGCUCUGGGGUAAUACCUAUACAUUUGGAUACCCUGGCUUUGACCCUGACCCUGAACUUUACCCCCGCCCUCACCCUAGCCCUUGUACAUACUCUACUCUACGUAGCUACUCUACUUCUCUAGGUGGGCACGCGAGCUGCUUUGCUCACAUGCGUACACAAUAA